AUGACCUCCGAUAUAGAUUUAGUUCGUAAAAAAUUAGUUGUUGUUGGUAAUGGCAAUGUUGGUAAAACAUCAUUACUUUAUGCAUUUAAAGAUAAUCGAUUUUGUCAAGAUUAUGUACCAACAUUAUUUGAAGGAAGUACACAUGUUAUUGAUGUUGAUAACAAACGUAUUGAAUUAUUAUUAAUUGAUACUGCUGGACAAGAAGAAUACGCAAAGCUUCGUGUUCUUGGUUAUCCAAAUACUCAAGUCAUAUUGAUUUGUUUUGCUUUUGAUGCGCCAGAAAGUCUUAUAUGUGUAUCAGAAAAAUGGGCACCUGAAGUAAAACAUUAUUGCCAUAAUGUUCCAAUACUUUUAAUUGCAAACAAACGUGAUUUACGUGAUGAUCCAUCUGUACAUGAACGUAUUAAAAGUCAAAAUCAAAACCUAAUUACAACUGAAGAUGCACUUUUAUGUGCAAAAAGAAUUGGUGCAAAAAAUUAUCUUGAAUGUUCAGCUAAGACACGUGAAGGUGUAAGAGAAGUAUUUGAAUAUGCAGCUAAAGUUGCAUUAGAUAAAGAUUCACAUGAUAGAUGUUUUUGCCGUUGUAUUUUAUUAUAA